CCGCAGCCUCCGAUUUUCAGGGAACUGCUUCAAUCCCUUCCCCAUGGCUAUACCUUACCGACCACGUCGAGGGGAUCUGGCUCCUUGUUCGAUGACGAGAGAGAGCCAAGUUCAGGCGUGUAUAAUGAUGGGGAAAAUGGGGUUCUUGAGUUCUCCCGAGACAUGGCCAUGGCCGGCUUCGGCAAGGAUAAGGAAGCCGGUAAAACCAAACACUUUGCCACUGAACGCGAACGGAGACUGCAACUCAACGACAAGUACACCGCCUUGAGGAGUAUGGUUCCUAACCCUACCAAGACUGAUCGAGCAUCUGUCGUCGGUGAUGCAAUAAAUUACAUAAAAGAGCUGCUCCGAACAGUUCAAGAGCUGAAAUUACUGGUUGAGAAGAAGAGACGAAGCAAGGAGAGGAGCAAGAGGCAGAAGACGGGAGAAGAUGCUGCCGGAGACGUGGAGAGCAAUUGCGCCGGUGACCCAGAUCAGGGAUACAACACUUCGCUGAGGAGCUCUUGGCUCCAGCGAAAAUCCAAGGACACGGAGGUGGACGUCCGCAUCAUCGACGAUGAAGUUACCAUCAAGCUCGUCCAACGGAAGAAGAUCAAUUGCUUGCUGUUUGUUUCCAGGGUCCUUGACGAACUUCAGCUGGAUCUCCACCAUGUUGCCGGCGGCCAGAUUGGAGAUCACUGCAGCUUUCUCUUCAACACCAAGAUAUAUGAAGGGUCUUCCGUUUAUGCAAGCGCCAUAGCCAACAAGCUGAUUGAAGUUAUGGACAGACAAUAUGCAGCAGCUCCGGCCGGCAUUAGCUAUUAGGAGAUUUUGGAGAAGACGAUCCAAAAUCCUCGUCUGGGUUGGUCCAAGUCUUAAUUAAUUAAUUAGAAGUAUCUGAAUGUUUAAUCUGUCUGUUAUUUAUUCUCCACUUACAAAAAUUAACAAUAUAUACAUAAAUGGAAUCCUGUUUA